AUGCCACGCUUCUUUCCUCAACCAACGGGUAAAUUACAUUCAGUGGUAGCAGGUCUUCUGAAAGGGAAGAUAUACAAAAAGCCACCGCCAUGGUACCCUGUCAUGAAUCUGAUACCACCCGGACCUUCACUUAUUCGCGGUGGUAUAUCAUUUGCAGCGACGCCACAUUCUUUAACACCAACCACAGUCUCUUCCGUGCCAGCUAACGAUUCCUCCAUAAUUCCCUCAAAGUUUCCAUCAUCCAUGGUUUCACCUGAUGAUGCAUCUGCCACGGUCUCAUCUGAUGAUACAUCUGCCGCGGUUUCAUCUGAUAAUGCAUCCUCCGCGGUUUCGUCUGAUAAUGCAUCCUCCGCGGUGUCCUCCGAUUAUUCCAUCUCUUCCUACACUUGCUGGUGUGUUAUUUAUUUAGUUGCAGCUUACGUCUCUCACGUUGCUACGUCACUUCCUCUUCCAACGACAAAUACAAAAAAAGGCCGCUCGCACUCGUCGAAACAUCUUCGUCAAAAACAUGCCCGCCCUCAACCAAUAGUUUAUCCAGAAGACAGACUGCGCAGGAUAUUUUACCGUGAUCAUCCAUAUGAAUUAUUAAGACCGCAAGUAUUGAUUGAGAAGGAUGCGCCUCGAAGGACGAUCUGGGAUAGCUUGACGCAUAAAGGCGAGGCACCGUCUGAUAUUACUGGGGAGAGUGUAAUCCAAUACCAACUACACCUAAUGUCUAACGGCUCUUCUGAACGGGACGCCUAUGUAGUAGCAUGUAGAGAGUUUUAUGCAGUACGUGCUCGGGAGGAAGUGGAACAACGUGUGGCUGAAGAACAGGCUCGUGCGUUUGGUGCAAAACGAGUUAAUUCUGAAACAAUCAAGGCUAUUAGGAAGGAGACAAAGGUCAUUCGGAAGACACUCAAAGACGUUGUACAAAACACUUUAAGGUUAAAUGCUAGAAGAGUGGGAGUGUAA